AUGAUAAACUCCACUCAGGUUUCAUAUUUCAUACUUGGUGCCUACUUUGACACCGGGCUGUUUAAAUACCUAUGUUUCAUGAUUGUUAUGUCUCUAUAUGUUUUUAUUAUUUGUGCCAAUCUUUUGCUGAUUGCGGUUAUCUGUAUGAACAGAAGCUUACAUGAACCUAUGUACCUUUUUCUGUGCAGCCUGUUUGUAAAUCAACUGUAUGGUAGUACAGGGUUGUUUCCAUUCCUUCUGGUUCAGAUCUUCUCUGACAUUCACACUAUUUCUGCUCCUUUUUGUUUCCUGCAGAUUUUCUUUGUGUACUCGUAUGGAAGUAUAGAAUUUUUAAACUUAGCCGUCAUGUCUUAUGACCGAUAUCUUUCUAUCUGUUAUCCUCUGCAAUAUAACACACGUAUGACAUAUAAGAAAGUUGCCAGCCUUAUUGCCAUAACAUGGUUACUUGUAUUUUUUGUGAAUUUUUGUACACUGCCUUUGAUUGUUCCUCUACAGUUGUGUGGGAACAUCAUCAACAAAGUGUACUGUGACAACCACUCUGUUGUAAAACUGGCCUGCUCUGACACGACAGUCAAUAACAUUUAUGGACUCAUUGUUAGUGCCUUGUCAGUCUUUGUUCCUCUAAUUUUGAUCCUUUACACUUACAUGAAAAUCUUUAAAGUGUGUUAUUCUGGUUCUAAACAGACCAGACAGAAAGCUGUCAGUACCUGCACACCUCACCUCGCUUCUCUGAUCAACUUUUCCGUUGGAGCUUGCUUUGAAAUAUUACAGAGCAGGUUUAAUAUGAGCAGUUUACCCAUUAUGGUGCGCAUUUUUUUAUCGUUAUACUUUCUUACAUGCCCGCCACUCUUUAACCCUGUAAUGUACGGCCUGAAACUGUCUAACAUCCGUGUUGCAUGUAAAAGUCUUGUAAAAAAUGUAGGCUUUUAG